AUGGGUAAUCCAAUUAGACCCAUUAUAUCAUCAAUUGGUACUUUUAAUUAUAAUUUUGCAAAAUUUUUGGUACCAAUAUUAACCCCUCUGACAUUAUAUGAGUAUACUGUUGAGAACACUAAAGAUUUUGUUAAUGAUAUAACUGCUUUGAAAAACAAUGAGCCUGUUGUUAUGGCCAGUGUAGAUAUACAAUCUCUUUUCACAAAUGUCCCAUUAGAAGAGACCACCAACCUUAUUGUGCAUGAACUCUUAAAUUCAAAGGAAUACCCUCAUCACCUGAAUGAAAAACAAAUCAAAAAAGCACUUCAACUGGCAACUGUCGACUCAGUAUUCACUUUCAGUGACAACCUAUAUACACAAAUAGAUGGCGUAGCCAUGGGGUCCCCCUUAGGUCCCACCUAUGCUAAUGCCUUUCUAUGCCACCAUGAAAAAGAAUGGUUAAAUCAAUGCCCUGAGGAGUUCAAACCAAAUUUAUACCGAAGAUACGUGGAUGAUACGUUUCUUCUUUUUAAAAAUUGUUCUCAAGUUGAACGAGAAUUCAUACCCAAGCAAACUGUUUUACAGAAUCCUAAGAAAAUUUCUAAACAAGAAACUUUCACCGUCUGCACCGGUGUUAUCAGUUGCAAAAGACUCUUGUUAUAUUACACUUCCAUACCUUGGACAUUUAAGUUUUAA